AUGGAUUUGAUUAAAGCUUCAAGUCUGUUGCAACCAUGGCGAUUUCCAUUGUCACCACUUAUCACCAUUACUAGGUCUAGGAGUAGGAGUUCUUUCUGUGCCCCUUCUUCUUCUUCUUCUUCUUCUUCUUCUCGGUUUUCUACCUCUCCAUACACUCCAAUAAAGCCCCUUGUUACUCCUCAUGGAAAGAAGAAAAACUUUGAUUCAGAGCCCGUUCUAGAAUCCACCAUUGUACAAGAAGUAUCAUCAGACGAAGAAGACGAUUAUGGAUUUGAAUACGACCCAGAAAUUGAUGAGGACAUGGAUGAUUUUCGUGUACUACCCUAUGCUGGUGAUGGUGGUCCAGGCGGUGGAAUUUCCCUCGCCGGAACAUGGUGGGAUAAAAAGGCAUUAGCACUUGCUAAAGAGGUUACUAUGUCUUUUGGUGGUGACUUCCAAAUCUAUGCUUUCAAAACUUUAGUCAAUUCCACAGUUCGAGUGCAAAUAGAUAAGCUUUCCAACAAAUCCGGCUUCCCCACCCUGGAAGAUACCGUAGUCUUUUCUAGAACUUACAAAGCAAAAUUGGAUGAAGCAGGAUGUUACAAACUCGUUCCCGAGAAUAUAGGUUUGGAGGUGUCUUCACCAGAUGUUACAAGAAUAGUUCGGAUUCCAGAUGACCUAGACCGAUUCAAGGAGAGACCUAUGUAUGUGAAAUAUGCCAUUGAAGAUGACUCAAAUAAUCCAUCUGCAGAAGGCUACGGUGUCUUCAAGCUUGAAUCCUUUGACAUGGAAACAAAAUAUUGCACUUGGAGUUUAGCGGACGUGAGAGUCAACAGAGAGAAAGCAGGGAAAGGGAAAGGAAGACCACUGAAUAAAAAACAAAGACAAUGGCGCUUAAGUACUCCCUUCAGUUCAUUACGUUUUGUACGGUUGCACUCAGACAUUUAA